AUGGGGACACCGACAAUUCAAGCUACAUUAAACUCUACAAAUUUCAGUUCACUCAACUCUCCAAAUGCGGAAUCAAGUUUUCACAUGAACUACCAGGCCGUUCUAGCCGCAGCCGUGUUUGAAAUCAUUAUCAGCCUAGUGGGGACAGUGGGGAACGUAUUCACUAUAAUAGCCGUACUCCGUAACCAUAAUCUCCAAUAUGCUACCAAUUAUCUCAUCGUAUCCCUAUCCGUCGCUGAUACCCUAGUGUGUACUAUACUAGUCCCUAUGAGAGCCUCUCAACAUAUUGCGUACCAAUAUGACGAUACUAUACCAAAAAGCUUUGUCGACGUUGCUGGGUUUGUUGGAAGAGUGAACAUAAUCGCUUCUAUAUCAACUCUUGUUUGCCUCAGUAUCGAUCGCUACCUGGCCUUGUCAAGACCGUUGAAAUACGCGACCUCGAUAAGGUACAACCUUUGGAAAGUUCUAGCUGUUAUCGCAACGGUAUGGAUCCUGGCAAUAUUCAUCACAAGUCUGCCAAAGUUUCCUGGUGUUUCCGAUACGCCUUUCCUGAUUUUCUUUAUAGUAUUCGUGCUUACGGCAACUUUGGUGAUAUGUGUAACGUAUUACCGUAUCUUUCAUAUAAUCGCCAAAACUGUGCGGCGAAUGGGUAAACCUAUACGAUACAGUAACAAUUUUCAAGAAAGUUCCCAUAAAAACCGUGCUACUAAAAAUGGGAGUAAGGUUUCUAGCGAAACUCUUGAUGUAAACACCUCUGCGAACUCGUUAACUUUGGAAAAUAAAGCUGCUACAGUUUCUAGCGAAAAUCUGGAUGGAAAAAGUACUGGGGACUCGUCAACCAAGGAAAUCAAAACUAACACAAAAGUCGCCCCAACCUCUCUACCGGAACCGCGCGCUCCGUUUUCCCGCGAAGAGCGCAAGGCCGCAAAGACCGUCGGCUUAGUUAUUGCCGCCUUUAUUCUACUCGUUUAUCCACGGAUAAUUAUGAUCUUGUAUCAUUUUGGCAACAAGCAGACCUCCAGUUCUAAAGUAGCCAGAUUCUGGAUGCGUGUGUUACUCUACGCAAAUUCAGCUGUAAAUCCCGCUUUUUAUGCCUAUAGGCAUAAAGGUUUUCGUAAAGAGUUUAAAAAGAUGGGGUUGCAGUGUCUAGGACUGGGACGCGCCAUUCGUGAGCGCUAUUCGACAGUUAUAAGAAAAGAACGUUCACAAAGUUCCAAUUCGACAUUUUACGCCUAG